UCUGAGAAAUGGGCUAACUUUUUUAGUCUCAGCCCGGCCUAACCUGCACUUUGAUCAGGUCUAUUAUUUAGGAAUGGAGGUAGUAUCAUUUGAUUCAUUUCUUUCUCUUUCUUUUGACCCCACUAUUGUUAUAAUAUAUUCCCCUCUCACAUUAUAACUAGUGGUUUUUAAUUUAUAUUUUUCUCUUACUUUUCCAAAUUAUUAAAUCUAACCAUAACUCCACUUAUAUACAUCUAUUACUUUACUCUUUCUGUAUGUGCAUCUGGAUAUAUAUUUAUAAAAAAAAAAUAAAAUAAUUGUUUCUAAAGUGAUGAUAUGAUAUGAUAGGAUUGGAGUGAAGACGCCAUGGUUGCUUGUCACCAAACAAGAUAAAGAUUGGUGAGAAAUUCAAAAAUGGGUCUCGCAUAAAUCAAUAGCCACGUAAACAAAUCUGAAUAACUAAAUACGUGGUAUAACCUCUUUGGGCCUCCCUUCAUAUACACUCUUAAUUAACUCCCUUUAAAGCCAAGAUAACUCCACCCCACCACCCCAAUAUUCAAAUAUAUUCCAAAUAUCCCCAAAAAUUGGAAAAAAAAAAAUAAAAAAAAUCCCCGAAUUCUUAAACCCCAAUUCACUCCUCAUUCAUUCCUCCCAAAAUUACUCCCUCACUUUCUCUCUCCUCAAAAUCAAAUUCAUUCAUGGCGAUUUCAGAUGCCGUUGUCGGGAAUCUAAUGACGAUAUACUUAGCUUUAAUAGCGGCGAUUAAGGCGUACGGUCUUAUGAUGGGGCAGAGUUUCACCGGAAUAUUCAUACUGGCGGUGUCGACGGCGGUGGUGGGGUUGGUGUUAGUGACGACGCUGACGUGGGAUGUCUCACGGAAAGCGGUUUCACGAGUCGAUGUUAUUAACGGCGGCGCAGUCGGCGGCGCUGAGAUAUGUCGCGGCGGCAUUUGUUGGCAUGGUGUUGCCGACAAAUCUCCGGUGUCGCAGGUCUGGUUUCGAAUCCCUCAACAUCAUCAACCCUUUGUGCCUCCCAUGUAAAUUAAUUACUAUUUCAGAAUAUUAUUUUUGUCCUUUUUUUUAUAUAAAGUAAUUAAACAUUGUUUAUAAUUUAUAUACAUGUAUUUAUACGGUGUGCUUCUAGAAUCUCACUUGAAAUGUCAUCUUUUGUUGACUGUCGUAACUUGUAAGGCAGCUGGCUUGUAGAAUUUUUAUUUUUAUUUUUUAUUUUUUAUUUUUUUUUUGUGGAAUUUUUAUUUUGGGUAGAGUUUGAAGAUCACGGAUGUUAUUGUAAUGUAAGUAAAGUUAGUUGAAUCACAAUUUUGUAUAUUUAUAGUAAAUGAUGGAUAUUUUUGUACAAGUAUAUUGAUGAAUCUUUGUUUU